CGUCAUUUUCGGGUUCUUGUUCAGUUAAGACAUCCGCAGCUGGGGCAUUGGUGCGAAUUGUCUCUUGCUGUGUGAACAUGGUGCGGACCAAAGCAAACUACGUCCCAGGAGCCUACAGAAAAGUGGUGGCUUCUCGAGCCCCCAGGAAGGUGCUUGGCUCCUCCACCUUUGUCACCAGUUCUUCAUCGUGUUCGUCGAGAAAAGCUGAAAAUAAGUAUGCAGGAGGGAAUCCAGUUUGUGUGCGCCCAACUCCAAAGUGGCAAAAAGGCAUUGGAGAAUUCUUCAGGCUGUCUCCUAAAGAUCCUGAAAAAGAGAACCAGGUUCCUGAGGAAGCAGGAUGCAGUGGCUUAGGAACAUCGAAAAGAAAAGCAUGUCCUUUGCAACCUGAUCACCCAGAUGACGAAAAUGAAUAGAACUUACUCAUCUGAAUAAUGUCUUCAGUUUACUUAGGUAUUCUGGGAUGUAAAUUUGGGUAGAUGUGUUUGUUUAUUUGACUUGUUGACUACACAUUCAUGUAGCCAUUCAAAACAACUGGCUGUAAAAAGGGAGGAUUUUUAUAAUUUGUAAAUUAUAAUUGCAUACUCGAAUUUAUAAUGUAAUAAGAUGCUUCUUUUACCUGUUAAGUUUCUUGCUAAAAUCAACAUUGUAUGAUGUUUAAUUACUAAUCUACCAUCUUUGAUAUUUGCUUAGAUCUAUGUACUAAUACCAUAUUAUGGACACUUCAUUAUUGAAAUAGUGCCAAAUUGUUAUGGCUUGUUUGCUUUAAAAACUCAACUUAGUAUUUUUCACAUUAAAAAAUCAGUAUUAACUGAAUUUAAUCUCUUGCCAUUUCUUAAAAUGGGGGGGCAAAGAUAAAAUGUCAGCUGGGUAUGGUGGUGCACACCUUUGAUCCCAGCACUCGGGAGGCAGAGGCAGGUGAAUCUCUUUGAAUUGGAGGUAAUCCUGAUCUACAAAUGGAGCUACGGGACAGCCAGUGCAGUUGUACAGAGAAACCCUGUCUCAAAAAACAAAAAUAAUACCAAUAGAAUCAGGAACAAAGAUUUCUUAGAUACAUUAAAAGAAGAAUUUUUCUUGGAUAUACAUUCAGUUCAGUAUCAUAAAAUAUUACCUUUUUUGCAUAUGUAUUUUUUCUUUUUCUCCCCCAAGACAGAGUUUCUCUAUGUAGUCCUGGCUGUCCUGGAACUUGCUCUAUAGAUCAGGCUGAUCUUGAACUCAGCGAUCCACCUGCCUCUGCCUCCUGAAUGCUGUGAUUAAAGACUUUGCCACCAUGCCCGGUUUUUGCCAAUAUUUUUAAAGUCGGGAGUAAAAAAUUUGACAAAUCAUGCUAUAAAUCAAGUUUUAUGCCUCAAGUCCUUAGAAUUUCCCCUUCAUUUCUCUCUCCUCCCCCACACCCCUUUGGUUUUUUCAAGACAGAGUUUCUCUGUGUAGCCCUGGCUGUCCUAGAACUCAGUCUAGACCAGGCUGGCCUCUAACUCACAGAGAUCCAUCUGCCUCUGGAGUACAGGGAUUAAAGGCGUGUGCCACUACUGCCCUCUCCUUCAUUUCUCAAGAUGAUUUGAUCAUUGAAGAGAUAGGUAUACUAAUUAUUUUGAGGCAGCAUCUCAUUAUGUAGCCUCUAAGUGGCCUGAACUCAAUAUGUAGAGCAAGCUAGCUUUGAACUCACAGAUCUGUCUGUUUUGUAAAUGCUGGGACCAAAAGUAUGUGCCACUAUGUUAACUGAUGUACUUGAUUUUCUCCUUGUGUUUUGUUUAAUUACAGGCUAUCAAUUUUCAAAAUUAUCCAUGUUCUUAGUAGCCAUGUUUUUGUGUAAUGUUUAAAAUAAAUGCACAGUUUUACAAUACAGUAUCCAUUUGUGUUUCCUACCAUCUAUACUAUUUUAUUUCCAAAUACAAAUAAAUGUAUUGGUAUUAUUUUUAAGUCAAUUUACAAAUCAUUUGAGAUCAGCUGAUUAUAGACUUUUUUAUGGUUUGUCUUUUACACUUUAGACACUAAGCAGA